AUCGAGUCUGGCAGCCAGAAGAAACAAGGAAGUGUAAACAGCAGCAACCAGUCAAAGUACAAGCUAGCUGUAAGUCCAUCAGUGGGUCAGUUUAAGCUGCAGCACGGUGUGUUUACCUAACAAUACAGCAAAAUGCCUGCGAUACAGACACCAAGGAUUCAAGCCAUUAAGACCAGUGCAAGUGACGGACUGGAGGGAUUCAAGGCACAUGCUGUGUUCCAGGAAAUCAACAAAAAGCUCCAGGAGGAAGGGGAGCAGUUUGUGAAGAAGAUCGGCGGCGUGUUUGCCUUCAAAGUAAAGGACGGCCCAAAUGGACAGGAGGCAACUUGGUUGGUUGACGUGAAGAACGGCAAAGGCAGCGUUCACAAUGACACAGCUAAGAAAGCAGAUUGCACCAUCUCCAUGUCAGAUACAGACCUGCUGGCCUUGAUGACAGGAAAGAUGAACCCACAGACUGCUUUUUUCCAGGGCAAACUGAAGAUCACAGGGAACAUGGGACUGGCCAUGAAGCUUCAGAGCUUGCAGCUGCAGCCGGGAAAAGCCAAGCUGUAGAGGAGACGUCGGCUAGCUGUAACUACACCUCUGAACACUGAAUAACCACAGAAAAUUUGUCUGGUUUCAGAUAAAUGUUAACCUCCUCAUCAGAGGACUGAACCACUUUCCCUACUGACCGACCGGGAGAUAAGUCAGCAGCCCUGCCAAUAUAACUGGAUAAUAACAUAGAUGGACAGAUAAUUAAUUUUCUAAUCAUGUCCCUCUCGUGAUAACACCGUCAGUACACUAAAGUAGAGGCAGGUGCUUCCUACUUAUAGAUAUUAAUUCAGUUUAUGUCCAGUUUUUCAAUAACUCCCCAAUGUCUGUUGCCGAGGAAAUCUUUCUUUGAGUGUAGUAUGAGUGGAAAUGUCAUAAGUAGAGCAAAAUUUAUGUAUUUUUCCAAAAAUCAUGGACAAAACAGUUUAAGUGCCUCCUUGCCUCCAACUUGUAUUUUGCUCUAACCCCAUAGAAAUGUUUUUCACUGUGGCCGCCCAAGGUUUUGAUGGAGGGGGCUGUAAUUUUCUGCUGUAUUAUCAUUACUGCACGUUCUCUCAAAGAUUUCUACUUAAUAAAUUUGCCUUUGCUGCAACGUC